CUUGGUGCCGUCUCGUGUUGUUUCGUCCCCGCAGCUCGCGGUGGGCCGAAACGGGCUCGAUGGCGGCCGCCGUGAAAAGAUGGGACGACGACGCCAGGCUUCGACUCGUCCCGUUCCGUUGCGCUCCUCACGGCCGCGCGCGUCCCCCGCGAUCCUCCCUCCCGUAACGCCCUCUCGUCCCUACACGCGUCCGUCAUCUUCCCGCAGUCCUCUCGCUCUCGCGACCCUCCAUCUCCUGUAUUUGGCGUGUACACCCCGUCCACCUUCUCCAACCUGGACUCCUUUCGACUCCUGCUCGCCCAUGUCCUCUCUUCCGGUUCUCCCUAUAUCUUCUUCGUUUCCAUCCCCUUCUUCUUAUUACGCGAAGCUCAUCCACAGUGGUUGGCGGACGACGACGACGACGACGACUUCGUGCGGUGAAGCAGCUCUUCGGCCACAGCCAACCCCGGGUUCUACUCUGACCACCCGAUGGCCGUGAGCCGUGAGCAUUCCCCGUACGACGCCGAGCUUCCCAGCACCGCGCCCGCCGGGUCCCUGGUGCUCGAGAAGGGUAACAUCCACUCGCUCGCAGCCACCGGCUGCCUCCUCUACGGGGGCUUCGACAGCAAGAACAUCCGCGUUUGGAAGAACCAGCAGGACUUCGCGGAGUUCAAGUCCAGCAGCGGGUUCGUGAAGGCCAUUGUCGUCGCGGCAGACCGCGUCUUCACCGGCCACCAGGACGGCAAGAUCCGGGCGUGGAAGGUGUCCCCCAAGGACGCCACCGUGUACAAGAGGAUUGGGAACCUCCCCAGGCUCAAGGACAUCCUCUGGAGCUCGCUCAACCCUUCCAACUACGUGGAGGCCAGGCGCCACAGCAGUGCCCUGUGGAUCCGCCACUCCGAUGCCAUCUCUUGCCUCAGCCUCAACGAGGAGCAGGGGCUGCUCUACUCCGGCUCCUGGGACAGGACCUUCAAGAUCUGGCGGAUCUCCGACUCCAGGUGCCUCGAGUCCGUCGUCGCCCACGACGACACCAUCAACUCGAUCGUGGCCGCCGUCAGCGGGCUCGUCUUUACCGGCUCGGCCGACGGCACCGUCAAGGUGUGGCGGCGGGAGCUGCACGGGAAGGGUACCAAGCACGCGCCGGUGCAGACGCUCCUCAAGCAGGAGUGGGCGGUGACCUCACUCGCGAUCAGCCCCACGGCGCCCGUCGUCUACUGCGGCUCUUCCGACGGGCUGAUCAACUUCUGGGAGGGGGAGCAGCAUCUGGUACACGGUGGGGUGCUCCAGAGCCACAAGAUGGCGGUGUUGUGCCUCGUGGCUUCCGGUAACCUCCUGCUGAGCGGCUCCGCCGACACUACCAUCUGCGUGUGGCGCCGCGAGGGCGCGGUGCACACCUGCCUCUCGGUGCUCAGCGGCCAUGCCGGGCCCGUCAAGUGCCUCGCGAUAGCACCGGACGCCGGCGGGGAUGAGGACGGCGGCAGCGGCGCCACGAGGUGGACCGUGUACAGCGGCAGCCUAGACAAGUCCGUGAAGCUGUGGCGCGUGUCCGAGCAGGCACCGGAGGCGCUGCUGAGGGGGCCACAGCUCGUGCCGGGGGGACCCGGCGACUCGAAGGCGUGCUAGGCGAGCAACGGAAGCGGCGGCGAUGGCUGCGGCUCGCAAGUAUGAGCGGCCGUGUCAGAACGUGACACGCUCACGACCACCAUGAGCCAUGUCUGCCGCAAAGUCAAAGCUCCAUCACGUGCACGUGGCCAUCAAUUUUCGUGCAAGCACAGGAUGGUGAUGCGUACAAUGCACUGUGAAUACAAUACCUGAGCGUUUGAGGGCCUCAAGAUAAAAAAAAAAUUCCCAUUUUUUAUAUUCUCGUGUAUUUAUUAUUUUUAAUAUCAUUUUUUAAAAAAGAAAAAAAAAUAAAAAAAAAAGAGAGAACAUUUUAUUGCAAAAUAAUCAGCUUUGCUUUGCUGGGAAUAAUG